GGAGAAAUAGGUGCGUCACUGGAAGUUCCCCCCACUCUGCGGAAUCACAGGGUGUUGUGUUGGUUGUGAACGUUGUGAAAUACAGUGGGUCGAAAACUGGGCGACUAGUGACUCGCUUCAGUCUGCUUCAGUCUGUCGUGCGUUGCUUUUGCUCGUGCGGCCCGUCGGCUCAUUUUUUCGUACCCUUUUUCUUCAUUUCAUCCAUUUAAAGUAUUACCUCCCACCCCAGUCGAUUUGAAAAUGAUGAGCCCGCGUGUGUCAACAACUCAGAAAUCAGCAAACCAAUAAAUAAAUAGAUAGGUGUAUGAGUGCGUGGGUGUAGUGUCGCGUUGUGCCUCGGAUUUUUUUUUUUUUCUAUCACCGUUGAGUUUCUCGUGUUAUAAUCUUGUGCGACCCUUUAAACUGUUCUCAUCAUUAUCCAUCGUGGUAUGACGGCAACGCAGGAGUGUUAUCCCAUACGGUUGGCCCUUGGCAGCUGAGCACAAACCUCAUCGGCUCUUCCGAGAGGAGAAAAAGUUCUAUAAUAAAAAAAAGGGAAAAGAAAAAAGGUGUUUGGAGAGAGUCAACUUUCGACGAAAAAUUCAGGCACAGAGUUGUGUUUCUGUUCUGUGCCCUGUGGGUUGCCAACCAGUCGUCCACGUCCUCUUGAGAGAGUGUGGGAAGUGUACACGAAAGGGGGAGCGGCAUAGGGAGGAAAAAGGCUUCGGCUUGGACGUGAAUAAAAAAAAACGAGUGAAGGAGGGGGAGACAGAUAGAUUGUGAGAAAAAAAAAAGAGAGAGAGAGGAUAAAAUGAACGGACCGGGUAAUCAUCAGCAUCGGGGCAUGGGUAUGCAGGGCAGAUACAGGAACGUUGGUGGUGGUGGUGGUACAGGAACGGGGCCUAUGACUCGUCCAGCCCCAACCCACAGUCGUUCUGGCUGGCAUCCCCUCAGCCAACAUACACAGCACAACCAGCUUAACCAGCAGUACAAGGAGUACCCCUAUCGUCAGGGAUCGUCGCCACGAUAUCACAAUGGGGACUGUCCGGUUGUGGGAACAUCAUCAGGACCAGGAGGAAAGGAAGUGUAUCACGGUGCAGUGGGUGGACCCAGUGGUGGAUACAAAGUAAAUCCUCAGCAGCACAACCAACAGCCACGAGGACAAGUAUCUCAGCAGCCCCUACCGUCCUCCCAUUUCUCCCAGGAACAAACUGGCCCACCAACAAAUACACCACCACUGCGCAUCAACAUUUGUGGACAAGAGAACACAAUGAGAGGACCGCUUAUGAACCUCAGUCCUAGCUUGGGUGCCAGUACUGUUGAUAUUGAGUAUCGAAGAGCUGCACAGGCAUCGAAUCAGUUACCUCUCAGCCCAGUCCAAAUCCAGCCCUCACCGCCAUAUUACAGGCAACCUAGUCAGGACGACGGAAGAAAGAGUGAAUCACCAUCAAGAAAACGUCGCAGAAUAUCCCGGAACGGUGCAGUAUCAGGAUUAGAUGUGCAAGAAGCAGCUCCUUCAGCCCCAACGCCACCAUUACACACAAAUUCUGGUCCCUGGGAAUUACCCCCAGCCCCCCAACGUAGAUCACCCCGUAAUCACAUGAGUACAAGGGGCAGUCCACCAAUACGUAAUCGUUACCCUCGUUAUUCCGAUUCAUUUGCACUGUCUUAUCCAUUCAUACCUGGAAUGCAUAAUUCCCAUCCAACUAUUCAUAAUUCACAUCAUGGAUUACACGGACAACAUCACACUAUUCACAAUUCUCAUCACAGUUUACACAAUGGUCAUCACAAUUUACACAGUGCCCAUCAUAAUAUACACAAUGCCCAUCAGAGCCAUCCACAUCAUCCAGUUGGUACUGGACAUCAUCCAAGUCAGGGUACAAAUGGUCCUGUUGUCGUUGAAGUUGGACAAGUUGGUGUAUCAAGUCUUGGGGUUACUGUCAGUGGUGAACCUAUCUGGCAUCCACAGGCUACUGGAUACAGAAUUCCAUGCCAACUUCAUGGAAUUUAUGCCCCGACUGGGCCACAUGCCUUUGCUCAUUCGUGCCAGGUGCCACAUCAUCAUCAUCAUGGUCACUAUUCUACAGGCCACCCAGGCCACAGUCUGAUUGGUGCUGCUCCUAGGGGCUAUCCUACCCCUCCGGGUGGCCCUGUAGCUGCUCUCCAUCCACAUCCGCCACCACCACCCGUCCAUGCCCCCCAUUAUCCAGCUCACCAUCAAUUAUCACAACAGAGGGAAGUUGAUUUGGAGCUGAUUGAGAGUCAUUUGCACCAUCGUCAAAUGGCAAAUGGUGGACCACCGAUGCCUCUACCUCACUCUUACUCGCCUCCAGCGCUUACCCAAGUCACGACACCACCACCGAUAUUUCUACCUGAGACUCGAAGUAAUCAACUGGAGAUGCUCCAGUCACGUGCACGAAGAGCAACAACUGGCGGUAGAAGACAAAGGACAACCAGAUGGCGAGGAACACCACCGAUACCACCAACCGGUUACUCCGGGCUACUUCUCCAUUUCCUAGCCAUGUUCAGCAAUCCACCACUGUCCCCAUACAGUCAGACUGAGCUGUCAUCCCCGGAGUCUGCUGAAACAGAGAAUUAUGAGGCACUACUUUCACUUGCUGAGAGACUCGGUGAGGCUAAACCAAGGGGUCUUACACGGGCCGAAGUCGAACAAUUACGCUCGUACAAAUUCAAUGCUGAAAAUCCUCAUGGCGAUCAAACAAAUUGUGUUGUUUGCAUGUGCGAUUUCGAGGCACCGCAAAUGUUGAGAGCUCUGCCGUGCUCUCACGAGUUCCAUGCCAAGUGCAUUGACAAAUGGCUCAGGUCAAAUCGAACGUGCCCAAUCUGUCGUGGUGAUGCUGGAGACAUUUUCAGUAACAGCGGUACAGCCAGUGACUAACCAAUGGACGAAACAAGACCUUAGCGGCAUCAGCAAAGAUUUGAUGUGCCGAUUGUUACAUUACUGAUUCGUGCAAAUUCGUAAGCUGGAUCUCAAGGAAGCAGAAAAAAACGAACAAAUAAGAUAGAAAUGAAAAAGGUAGAAUUCAUUGCUGAUAAAAUCUUCAGGCCAAGUUUUGUAUAAUCAAAUUGUUGAAUCAAUUGUAUAGUUCGGAUGUUCUGUUUUUCCGUUGUAAGACAAAACAACCAAGAUUUGCCGUUUUAUCGGUGAAUUAAACUAUACGUGAAUAAUUUUUUUUCUCAUUAAAGUUCGUUGGUAUUCAAAUAUUGCGCGCUUAGCUGUUGUGUGUAGUUCAUAAUUUUUUAGUUGAUUAUUACGUUAUCAUUUGUAUUAUCUACUAUUAAAUCGUCUCAAACUCAAUGUCGUUAAUCUCAGAGUCAGUGUAUAUAAAUUGAAUAUAAAUAAGGAAAGGAAAACAAAUAGUUACACGUUCGUGUGCGCUGUAGAUCUCUCUUUUUUUUUUUCUUAAUUUUUUUUUUCUUUUUCGUUUACACUUAUCUCUCCGCUUUGCACAAGAAUAUCAUUUAAUUGAAUGAAUAAAGUAACUCAGAGUUUGUCAAAGUUGAAAAUGGAUACUUCUUGCUUAUUAAUUUCCUUCAAGUGCAUCUGGAGAUGAGUAAAUUGGUGUGGGAACCUCGGGCCAUCUUUCAUUAUUUUCGAUUACUUAGUCAAUCUGACUGUUUAGUCUCGAUGUUAUUUGGCUUAAUCCAUUCUCAAAUAUUAUUUAAAGAGAAAUUUUUCAGAAUUUGUUCGUAAAAAUGAAAAAAAAGCAAAACAAAACGUAAGAAAGUAGAAAAAUUUUGUUUCCUGUGCAUCUACCUCCAGAAAAUAAUGAAGUAUUUUUUUAUAAAUAACCACUGAAGAUAUCAUGACAGGUAAUAUAAUACAGGCAAACAAAAGCAUUCUGGACUUUUCAUCGAUGAUAAAACAAAUAAAAUGGUGAAAGAAAUUAAUUUAUGAAUAACAUUGUCAAUAAGAUGGCCGUUGGUGUACUAUCAGUGCGGCGUUGCGUCGAAUUUGUUGAUAUUUAAUUAACAAUGUGGUCAUCGUCAAUAUUUAUUCUCCUCGGGUGCCUUUGUCGUACUAACCGAAAUAAAGAAAAACAAAUCGAAAACAAGAUGAGCUAAAAACUUGUGGAACAAACACUUAGAAAAUUAAUGGAGUAACGAAGAACGAACAAAUAAACGUGAGAAAGCCGAGAAAAAAAAAAUUAUAAAUAUAUUAAAUGCGCUAACGAACAAGUGAGAAAGACAUUGGGGAAGGUACAAAUGCCAUAUACGUAACAACUUUCUUUUUUUCUAUAGUAAAAGUGAUAGGGAAAAUUCAUUGCAUCAACUGUACAUAAGCGGGAUUAUUUGAAUCAAAUGAAAAAAAAUUUUAUAGACCUUUGAGUUGGAUCUGUGAAAUGCAGAAUUGGUAAAAAAACAUAUCAUAAUUUGUCUUAAAUUUUAUUUCUCAUUUUAAUUUUUUAGUUUUGCUAAUAUGAUCACUAGAAUUGAUUGUGUUUAGGUCGUAAUAUUGAAAAGAUAUUGAAAAAUAAUUGGAGAUGGGGCUAGCGUUUGAUGAGAAUGAGCUUGAGGAAUAGAGAAUAAUUGAUUUUUUUUCUUCUUGUUAAUGAAGGAUAGUGUCAUAUGAUGUUGGCCCGUUGCCAAAUGAACUGUAGAUGCAAUGUUCAUACUGUGAUACACAUCGUUUUCUCCGAACCGUUAAUUUUUUAUAAUUACCUCUCACUCAUUGAUUAAUUAUCUCGGAUUGAACUGAAAAUCAAGUAGAAAAUCAUCGAUGGGGCGAUACUGCAAUGGCUUGUUAAACCCGAGAGAUAAAAAUGUGCAAUGGAACAAAAAUAUUUUGUGAUUUAAAUUGCUCGAUCCAUCUAACGCUGUGUCCCUCACUAAUUGUUUACUUUUAUCGGGGAAUUCAGGUUUUCCUUAAGUAAAUAACUUUGGCUAAUUUUAUAUUAAUUAGGGAGGAAUAAUGAAAAAAUGUCGUGCAUUGGGGAGCAAAGUGGGAGCUCUCACGAGUUUAUCCAGCUAAAUGCAGUAUUUUAAAACCAUAAACCUACAAAAUCCUUGGGGCUUUUGGAAUUUUUGCCUUUUAUCUUCACCAAAAACCAUUCCGAGCACCUGAUACGAAAUAAAUACUUGUUGUAACAAUUAAUUUGUUGUGAAAUGGUGCUUUCUGAAUUUCUUGAUCGAGUUGUCUUGCAGUAUCCAACGAUAAAAGAAAAUGGUUAAAUCAUCGAAAGAAUGGGAAAAUUUUACUGAUUUCAAAGACUAUUAACCGUUGAUUUACCUCUUUUUUUUAUCCACUAUUGGAUUUGAAUUGUCAAUUUUUUUAGUUCAUUUUUAAAACCUCAACAUUCACUGUUGUUCCUUGCGAAGGAUUUAUUACUCCUUCAUUUUUAUUGUAAGAUUUAUCUCCUAGAAACUGCAACUCUCCCUAUUUUUUCUUAUACUUUAUUAGACGUUAUGCGAUAAACAUUCAAUUUCACUUUUACUUUGUUGUUGAUUACUCGAUUUACGUUUGAACGUCAUUUGUCAUUUAGUAGAGAUUAAUUCGUCACAAUAUAGUGAAAUAACUAAAGAAACAUAUGUAUAGGUAGACGUAGUUUUAUUUGUUGGUAAUUUUCUCCACUGACAAUGGUAAUGUCUUUUGUUGUCAACGGAAAAAAUUAAUUUUCCUUUUUUUUCUUCAUUUAUUAAGUUACAUAGGUAAUUAACGCCUCGAUUUAUAGUGAUACAAUGUUUGUACAGACGUGGGAGACCAUAACGAUGCCAAACAAUUAUACGUUAUUAUAAUGGCUAUUAUUAUCAUAUUAUUUGCUAAAAAAAAAAUUGAUUAAAAAACAUUACACAAUUAUUUUAUUCUU